GUUGAAGAAAAAUAAAUAAAAUGUGUGUUGUGAAAGUGUCGUGUUAAAAUAAGCCAAUUACAAAGAAAUUCUUCCAAAUCAGAUUUUCGGCUUUGUUGCCUUUGCUGUUUUUAAUAUGUACAACCUAUUUGUGUACUGCCACCUUGCUAAGUAACGGAUAGACCGUGAUUACACUACACAAUUAUUUACUAUCCAAUAAAGAUGGCGCUGCUGUAAAGAGACCAUUACGGUUGUUUUGGCUGUUCUCACAGCCCUGACAAUAUUAACACCAAUGUUGGUAACUGCUAGACCUGCAGACGAUACAGAGGAUAUCAUGGCUGACGAAGAGGAGGAGGAACACAGUGGAGAAUAUCACGGCCGUUUAAAUGCAACAACCAUAGCGCAACUGCAAGUGUGUGAGGCUAAUGUGGAACUAAUGGAAAUGUGUAUGCGCUGUGCAAAACUCACCAAACACAACACAGUCUAUCCCCAAUGUUGUGGUAAUUUUGACAAAGUCAGAGAGUUUUGCUACAACUAUGUCUACUAUAGACAAGAGCGUGGUGGAACCGCAACCGAGGCACCAACUAGUAAAUGAAGACCCUAAGAGAAAAUGGAAGACCACUUAUAGAUGCUGACGGAAACUUAUUUAUUUUCUAAGUUAUUUGAAUUGGCUGUGAUAGAAAGAAAUUGAUAUUUUUUAUUUAUUUUAUGAGAAAAGAAAUUUGUAUUAGACCUUGCGCUACUAGUUAGUUAUGUAAGAAGUGAAGCAAAACCGAAACAAAAACAAAAUGAAAAAGAAAACAAUAUAGAAAAUUUACAACAAAAUCUAAUGGAGAAGAAUGCAAUAAAACAACAAGGUUUAUAUAAUUUUUUAUAAA